GUGGACAACGCUCGGUGAGUGUGUUUGUUACAAUUUCAUACUUUUUUUUUGUAUAAUAUAAAGAAGAAAACAGAUAGACUAGCUAAAGAUUAAGUGAGGAUUAUUGGCUAGCUUGUCUUGAGCUGAAAUCUCUGCUCGAUGGCUAAUAAAAUCCCCAACAAUGGUCUGCCUCUGCCUCUUAAGUGUGUGGUGUUUUUUUUUUGCUGUUCCGGGUCGUUGUUUUAUCUCUGUCAUUUCUUGGUUGUUAUUGAAUUCCUCUUAUCGAGAAGUCAUAAUUUGGCACACGUGUGUCUCAUUUAAUGUUUUCGGCUUUUAUUUGCUUUCCUCGCCUGCCAUCGUAAACUCUUAUGGCCUUUCGGCGGCUUCAAUUAGACAACCGAAAUUUCAUCGCCAUCAUUGGCAGUUCUGUCUCGAUCUGAUCUAUUGGACAUGCUAAUGCUAAUCUCUGGACCUUGUCUAGACCGCUCUUAGCAAGUGUGUGGUGGAAAAAACACUGCAAAAAAGUCGAAGGAAAAAAGCUGUCACAGAUGGCAAGCCCACUUUUGACACGUUUCCUCUACCCAGACCCAAGCGUAUCUAAAUACAAUUAUGACGCAUGUUGAUUGCCUAUUUUAGUUGUUGUUGCCCUGUUUCAUUAGGUCUUACCUGAUAUUUUUUGUUGCUAUCUUUUACUUGUAUUUUGCUGUUGCUGCCUGACUUCCAGGCGCAUGUGCUGAGAUAAGAAGGAAAAUUAGCACUUUGACUUUGUGGUAGAAUGGCUUGCCCAUGGGGCAACAUGAGCAGUUUUGCACUAAGCGCAAACAAGUAAUGGAAUAUAAAUUCAAUUAACGAAUACAAUAUGCCCUGGAAAGUGACAGCAUUAAAGUCUUGGAUUUUUAAUGAAUUUAAAGCAGAAAUAUUGGGAGAUUUUAAAGUGCAUUUAGCACCUCAAUGGUUGAGAUUGAAACAAGUAAAUAAAAAAUUGCUAACUUUUUGCUGCCAGAGAAAGGAAUAGAAAGAAGGCUCCCUGAAAAGAUGACACCCACCAUAUGUUCGGAUAAGAAGCAGCUGCGAGAGACGCGGCGACAUCAUGGCGUGGCCACAGUCACCACAUCAUCCGCCGCCGCAACCACCGCAUCCUCGUCAUCAUCGUCCUCAUCCUCAGCCUCGACAUCUGCAGCUGCUGCCACACAAGUCAGCUCGGUGCUUGCCUAUGUGGCCAAAGGUUCGAUGAACCCCUCGAGUCGCCGUCGCCCGAUGAGACUGCAACGAAGACUGCCACACUUCUCCGCCCGCCAGGCGGCCUCCUCCUCAACGGACACCAGCAGCGGGGUGGAGACAGAGGUGGAGAUGGACUCCUCGGUGCACCGGAUGCAUCUGGACGAGGAUAGCUACUCGGCCGCCAGGAUCCAGUACCAUCAGCAGCAGCAGCAGCAGCAACAUUCCAGCAGCGACAGCAACAUCAAGACAGUAUUACAGCCAAACUCCUUCAGCAGCAAACACAACAGAUCGGCGGCAGCGGCAGUGAAGCUAUGCGAGGAGGUGCCCACCGAAGAGGAGGACGAUGAUGGCGGUGACAGUGGCUAUGGGUACAGCCAGGAGCCGGUCAAGGGGCUCCACCUGCAGCAGCACUAUCAUCACCACAAUAGCGACGGUCUGCUGUCCAUUGCCAUCAAGACCAUCAAGCUGGUGCAACGCAACAAGCUUCUCCAGAAGCGGCUGACCCAGCUGCAGCUGGAGACCUCGGAGUUCAUUGCCUCCGUGUUGGCCAAUCCGGAGAACCGUCAAUUCCGCGAGAAGAUUGCACCCAAGGCGGAGGCUAAAGUCAGCAAUGUACUGCUGCGCCACUAGGAGGGCGAAAAAAAGAGAAACCGAAACAAUUUAGGCCAUUUUCUGGACGUGUUGGAGUGUUAAAACUAUUGCAAUUCCAUAUUUAAACUUAUUAGAUAACCAAAAACCUUUAAUUUAUUUUAUUUUUUGGUUUGCCAACACAGCGCAACAUGGCAACAUGUUUUAGCAACAUUUUAAGGUUCCAAAAGAAAUAUGUUGCCUACUUGUGGGCUGCUAAUGUAAAAUGUAUAAUGUGUGGGGUGUAUAUAGGUUUAUACAUAUUGUACACCUGCAAAUGUUAUCUAUUAAAUUAAUUAUUAAUAUAAAUUAAUAAUAAUUUUAAAUUCUAUAUAAAAACAACAGCAAAAGUGAUAUGAUGAAGGGGAAUAUUAUUAUUCCCAUAAUUUAAAAUCAUUCAAAAUUCAUAACCUCAUCAUAUUUUUAUUUUACAUAUGAUUUUGUUAGGUAUUUCAAAUUACUUAAAGAAGAUAGGUUUCUUCUUUAAAAAAAAUAUUAUUAAAAAAUAUAUUAUUUAGCACUUCAACACGUCUAGAAACUAUAAAAAAAAACAUACAUCUGGGCCCUUUGUUUUGAGCAAUUCGUACUGAUUAACUUUAUUAAAAAAGAAAAUGCAUCAAAGUUUAACAAUUUAAAUAUACAAAAUAAACAAAAAUCGCUAUGCUAACAUUUACAACCAUAAAACUAUAUUUAUAAAAAUCCCAAAAAAGUCCAAAAGUGUAUCUUUAUCUGUAGUCGCUAAGUACAUUUUAUGUUUUACAGUUUUUACACUCAAGAAAAUUAAUUUAUACUAUAUAUUAAACUAUUACAAUACAUGUAUAAAUAUAUCUAGAAAAACAACCAGGCAUAAUCAAUGAAAUCCUACGACGCUUUCGCUUUUUACAAACAAAUAGUUCUAGUGAAACUUGAUUGAUAUGCAAAGCAAUUGGUUAAAAUACAGAAAUAAAACGAUAAGGAAACCACUAUACGUAAUUGAACGUCGGUAUUAGCUAAUUAACCGAUUUCCCUCAAUAUAUACUAGAUAUGUGUAUGCUUAGGUAAAUGGAAACAACUAUCAAAAUGCUAAGCAACGCAAAUCAAAGCAAAACCAAAUUGAAAACUAACGAAAAGCAAAUCUUUCCAAUUCUUAUACUACCUUUAGUCCAACUCAACUUAAUUGACAUUUUCCAUGUAACCUAACUUAGAAGGAUAUCAAAAAACAACAUCAAGAACUCGCAACAAAUGAUUUCAUCAAUAAAAUUAGUUACAAAAUUAAA